AUGCGGGAGGAGGGCGAUGGGGAUGGGCGAAGCCUGGGGGAAGGUCCUGGGGAAGUGGCGGGGGAAGGGAACGCAGUCAGCGCAUCGUGCAAGCGCAUCAAGUACGGCGAUAGCGACAACACCGGUUCGUCACCUCCACCAUUAGCGGCAGACUCGCAGCAGCGCUCCCUCCCCGCGUUAUCUCCGCGUUCCGCCCGCAACCCGCCCGCCUCUUUCUCCGCGAGCGCCAACCGCAGCCGCACUCCCCUCCUCCCGCCCGUUAGCCCACCUGCGGCAGUCGGUGCUGCCAUGAGCUGGCGCGGGGGCCCGCGAUGGGCGGACGAAGUUGAGGGAGGAGAGCGCCAACAGGGCUGGUGGGGGGACGAAGGUGCGGACGAGCAUGCAUACCGCGACGCGCGGGAAGGGGAUCUGGUGGCCCAAGAAGCGACGGGUGGGCGGGCGGACUGUGUCCGGGGAGAUAGGCGCGAGGGGAAAGGGGAGGAGGAUACUGCAGGUGAGGCAGUGGAGGCUUGGGGAAGGAGGCGGGCCGACGGCGGGCCAAUGUAUUAUGAGAUGACGUAUCGGGGUGGGAGAGCAUAUCUGAUGGGGUAUGGCGAUGACGAUGAUGAUGAUGAUGAGGAUGAUGAUGAGGAGGGGGAGGGGGACGCGCUGAUGCGGCGGUAUCAUCUUGAUGUGACCUGGGCUAGGAUAGGACCGAGGGAGCGCUUAGAGGUGGGUAGGGAAGGUGGCGGCAGGAGGGACAGGUGGUAUGAGUUGGAUAGGCGGGGCGGGGAGGAGUGGAGGCGGCGUGCGCGCGAUUGGAGGUUUGAUGAGUGGAGGAGGGAUGAGUGGAGGAGGGAUGAGUGGAGGAGGGACGAGUGGAGGAGGGAUGAAUGGAGGGAGUUGGAGUGGAGGAGGGCGAUGGAAUGGGACACGAGGGGCGGGAGAGAAUGGGCAAGAGAGUGGGAGAGGAGGAGGGAUCGGCGGGGGCUGGAGCGCGGAGGGAUGCGGGACGUUGAAAGGCAGGUGGGGGAGGGGGGUGCCGGGGAAGGGGGAGGAGGGGCGCGCAUGGACUGGAGAUUUCAAAGGAUGGAACAGCAUGAGAGGUAUGAGAGGCUUGAGAGGCUUGGGAGGAACGGUGCAGAUGUGGAUGGCACUCGACCCACUGACCCCAGGCGCAAUGGCCCCUUGCUUCCUCCUGCGCCUGGUGACGCUGUUCCUGAUCGUGCUGCUGCUGCUGACGCUGCUGCUGCUUCUGCCGCUUCUGCCGCUGCUGCUGCUGCAACUUCUGUUGCUGCUUCUGCUGCUGCUGCCUCUUCUGCUGCUGCCGUGCUUCCCUCCCCUCGCCCUGCCGUGGGCCUUCAUGUUGCUGUGCUACCCGCUCCUCGCGUUGCAGCGUCGGCCCCUCCUCACGUAGGAGCCUUGCCCCAGCACAUUCCCGUCGUGACCCAGAUGGAUGACGCGGCCCUGGUGUGCCAGCGCUGGCGCCUCGUGAGCGAGCACCACGAGUUCUGGCGCCACCUCUCCUUCCAAGCCUUCCCCGCCGCCACUUUCUCCCACGUGCACCGCCUCGCGUGCAAGUACCCGCAGGCGCACUCUCUCAAUCUCUGUGGCCUGCGCUUCACACAGCAGCAGGUGGAGGCGAUUCUCACCCCGCUCGCCUCCCACCUCCGCAGCCUCUCCCUCGGGAUGGAACGAAUUCCCGAAGACAUCUUUGCUUGUAUUGAAACCACCUGCCCAUCGCUCACGCACCUGCGUGUGCUCGACGCUGUGGUGGGAAACCCCAUGCUGCCAGAGCUCUUCCUCUCCAACCCCAAGCUACUCACCCUGCACAUGCUCUCCUGCUGUCUCCUCCGUGUGAUGCUGAACCUCCCUGAGCUCACACACCUCUCGCUCGCCCGCACCACCGUCACCCAAGUCACCCUCUUCUGCCCGCGCUUGCUCUCCCUCGAUCUCUCCGGCUGCCAUAAGCUCUCCGAUUCCAGUCUCCGAGUGGCGGUCCUGGACUGCUCGACCAUCACCGCUCUCAACAUCUCCUCUUGCUCCUACACCAGUGACGAAACCCUCUCCCAGAUCGCCACCAACUGCCGACUCCUAACCUCGCUGGAUAUUUCCGGCUGCACGAAUGUGUCUUUGGACCGGGUGCGUCUGCCCCAGGUGACGAGUCUGCGUAUGGUGGGCUUGGAGAUCCGGUCGCCUGCCAUGCAGCGGCUGGACCUGCGGUCGCAGCUGUACCUGGAAUCACUCGUGCUGCGCUGUGGCAAUCUGGUGGAGCUGCAGCUGUCUGCGUGUGACGGGCUCACGAAUGAGGUGUUCCUCUCGCUGAGUGAGGUUGAUGCGUGCCCACGACUGGUCGUACUGCACAUGGACGACUGUGAGGGCCUGACCGACGUGCACCUGACAGCCCCGUCCCUCCAGUACCUCUCUCUCACCGGCUGUCGCCGCAUCACCUCCCUCUCCCUCGCCUGCCCCGCCCUCCACACACUCCUCCUCGACUCCUGCGACAACCUCUCCUCCGCCUCCCUCGCCCCCGUCGCCCUCACCUCUCUCAACUUCGGCAUCUUCCCGCACCUCACCUCCCUCCGUCUCCACGCGCCCUUACUCACCUCCCUGGAGCUCUGCGGGUGCGGGCAGCUGCAAUUCACUGAUAUCCGCUGCCCAGAGCUCACCUCUUUAGACGCGUCUUACUGCAGUCUUCUCUCGGAUGAGUGUCUGCUCGCCGUCUCCCUCCACUGCCCUGCAAUCCGCACGCUUGUGCUCGCAGCGUGCCCUACUGUCGGCCCUGCAGGGUUAGCCGCGUUGUCUCUCCUGCGAAGGCUCUCCUGUCUGGAUCUGUCGUAUACGUUUCUCACCUCCCUGCACCCUGUCUUCUCCACGUGUCAUGGGCUUGUCACGCUGCGGCUGUCGGCUUGUAAGUAUCUCACUGAAGGGGCGCUGGCGCCGCUGGUGGAGUGGCGGGAGGGAGGGGCGGCAGGGGGAGGAGAUGGAGGGUUGGCGGGAGGGGCGACUGCAGUAGGAACGACUGGAGGAGACGCAACUGCAAUGGAAGAAGCAUCUGCAGCAGAGGAAGCGCCAGCAGGUGCAGGGAUGGAGGAGGAGAGGAACAACGCAGGAGGUUCAGGCUGUAAAGAGGGUGAGCAGGGCAGUGGCAGGGAGGGAGAGCAAGGUAAACCGGCAGCGGCAGCGGCAGAGGACGUGAGCGGGGUUGUACGCGGUGCUCUGCCGUACCUUGAGGAGCUGGACAUAUCGUAUGGGAGUAUUGGCAGGGCGGCGCUUGCAGCGCUGGUGGGUGGGUGUCCACACCUACUGCACCUGUCCUUGAACGGGUGCACGCAGGCAGAUGACAGUAUGUGGGAUGACCUCGCUGCUGCUGCUGCUGCUGGGGACGGAGAAGGGAGAGCGCUUGCUCUUGCUGCUGUUGCUGGUGAGACUCGUGAUGCUGAGGCUGGUGGUGGUGGGGUUGGUGAUGGUGGUGGUGCUGCUGUUGCUGCUGCUGGAAAGAUGGAUUGGGAGGAGGGGCAGAGUGGGCAGUGUGCGCAGGAGGAGGAGGUGGAGGCGGUACCAGGCAGCAUGACGGAACGCAAGCACCAACAGCAGCAGCAAGCGCAGCAGAAGCAGCAUCCAGUCAUCCCAGUGCAGCAGCAGUACCGGCACCUGCAGUCGCUGAGCUGUGUGGGCUGCCAUGGCUUCACCUCCAUUCGUCUACCACACCCCUCCAUCUUCCCACGCCUCACAGCACUCAACUUCACAUUCGCCAUUAACGUCACGCAAGCACACAUCGCAUGCCCGCACCUCACCUCUCUCAACCUCAGCAAGUGCAAGUCACUGGUUACUCUGCACCUCGACUGCCCUCGUCUCACCACACUUACCCUCCAGAUGUGUGCGCUGUCGUCCUCAGUGCUGCUUGCGGCCAUGGCGGGCUGUCCCUCCCUUGAAACCCUUGACGUGCAGCACUGCCCCAAUCUUGACACGGACACACUCACGCAGCGAAUUCUGGCGGCUGCGCGUUGGCUGGCCGCGGCAGGGACGCUCGGCGCGCUUAUAUGGGCCGUUUAUGCGUGGACAGUCGCGCUGCCAGCGCCCGUCCCGGCUGACGUGGCACCACCGUGGUCGUUCUCGGAGGAGCGCGCCAUGGAGCACGUGCGACGGCUGGCCGCCAUUGGUCCGCACGAAUACGCGUCGCCUCGGCUGGAACGAGCGAUGGAGGUCAUUCUCGAGGCCAUCAGUGAUAUCCGAGGGUCUAUUCCACCAUGCAGCGCUGACAACACAGGCACACAUACCGCACCACCAUCAUCAGCACCACCAUCAUCAGCACCACCAUCAUCAGCAGCACCAUCAGCAGCGGCAGCAGCAGCGUGCAUGGACGUGGAGGUGCAGCAUGCAGCAGCGGGGUGGCUGCCCAUCGGCAAGGGCCUCACAGUGGGGGGCGGCACCAUGACCAUCGCAUACGAGCAUGUGCGCAACGUGCUCGUGCGCGUGGGGGUGCGCCCGCACCUGGGCCAUGCGGGGGAGCGGGGGGGUCCUAGUGCUGCUGACGACGCUGGUGCUUCUGGUCAUGAUGGUGCUGCUGCAGCUGCUGCCUCUGCUGGUGCAGGAGAGUCGUCUGCUGACGGGCGUUUGUUCCAGCGCCCAUCCAUGCUGGUGUCUGCUCACGUUGACACUGUCUUUACUGGCCCUGGAGUGGGCGACGACAGCAGCAACGUGGCGGUCAUGCUAGAGCUCAUGCGCAACGUGCUGCAUGCCCUCGCACGCUCCUCUGUCACUGGGGAGGAGGACGGGGCAGCGGUGCAGAACGAUGCGGUGCAGAACGAUGUGGUGUUUGUGCUCAACAGUGGCGAGGAGGAGGGGCUUAUUGGCGCGCACGCCUUCAUUUCACAGGUAAGGAGAGCUAGUUGCUUCGAGAGGCAUGCAGGGAAGGAAGGAAUGGGGGAGGGAGAUGGUGACGAUGUAUCUCUCUUCCCAAUCCCUAACUCUCUUCCCCCUUCCCCUUCCCGCCGCUCCCUCCCUCUCCCGUUCGCCCCUUUCCUUUUCCACCACCCAUCGUCAUCUCACCCCUCUCCAACCGUCUCCACCCCUCUCCACCCUGCAUGCCCAACCCAGGCGGGUCCAUCUGCAUGGCUACUGCGCAUGUAUCAAGCAUCUGCCCCUCGCCCCCUCGCCAUUGUGUUUGCUCAGGACAUUUUCCGCAGUGGGCUGUUGAACGCAGGUACUGACUUUGCAGUGUAUCAGGCCAAGGGGGGGCUGUCCGGGCUCGACUUUGUGUUCAUGAAGAACAGUGCUGUCUACCACACCAAGUUUGACGCUCUGCCUCUGCUGGAACCGGGCUCCCUGCAGCAUCUGGGAGACAACCUGCUGCCGUUCCUGCUCGCCAUCGCCCGCUCGCCCCUGCUCGCGCUGCAGCCGUGCCACCCCGCGCCCUGGCACCAGGGCGGUGGGCGCGCUGAUGGGCUGGGCGAGGCGAGAGAUGAGCGGGGGAGCGGGGAGAGGGGAGUGGGAGGAGGAGGAGGUGGUGGUGGGGGAGAGGGGGGAGCGGUGAAGUUCAAGCCGACUCUGCUCUCCCUCCUCGCCCACCCUGCCGCACACCACGCCACCACCAGAGCACCGUCCGUGCUCCCCCAAGCACUGCUCUCAGCACCGUCCGUGCUGGGCGCGGUGCUGUGCUGCUGUGUGCCCGUUGCCCUCUCUGCCAACAUCCUCCUCGCCUUCCCUCAGUUCGUCCUCGGCGCCCUCCACAGAGCUGACAUCCUUCCUACUUUCUUUCAACCCUUUCCUGCUCAUGCCCUUGGCAACUCCACAUGCUCCUCUCAACCACCCCUCCUCUCCCCUGUACCCGUCUUCUUCCUCAUCCCCCUUUUCGUCCAUCCCUUCUCUCCCCUCCCCUUCCCCGUACCUCCCCUUUCUUUUGUAGAAGGUCUGGAUCCACUUUUGUUACGUCUUGAAUAUCUUUCUUGUUUCCUUCCCAUCCGCUUCCCUGUGCUCCUGCUUGUCCGCUUCCCUGUCCCCCUGCUUGUCCCCCUUACUUUCCCCUUCCCCAUCUGCUUCCCCGUCUCCUUCCCUGUCUUACCCCUCUCUAGGAGCCCGGGAGCUCUGCCCCUGAGCCCCGGGACUCUGCCCCUGUGGGCGUGCAACGUGGUGGCAGCACUCGUGGUGGCGGUCUUUGUGUGCCUCACGCUCUCACUGCUGCUGCCCUCCGCUCACAAGCACGGGGCGUCUCUCCUCCUGUGCCCUGCCCUUGUGCUCGUCUGUGGUGUCUCUAUCGCAUGCCUCUACGCAUACCAACCACCUGCGUUCACCGCACACAACCCAAGGGCUGUAUUGCUUCUGGACACAUGUCAAGCUGCCACUCGCUGCACAUCUCAACAACUCUCCGGAAACCACACUCCCUCCAUGCUCCCCCCCCCCGCAUCCUGCCACCCAACCUCUCCUGCACUUCCCCACUCCUCUGCCUCCUCGUCCUCUCACCCCUCUGGCCUCGCACAAAACCCCCUCUGCUCACUCAUCAUCUCGCCUCUCUCCCCCGGGCCGUUUACUCGAGAGGCAGAAGCCAUCAGUGCCCGCACAGGCCUUCCCCUCCACUGCACCCACAACACCUCGCCCACCAGCAACAACUCCUACGACACCACCGGCAGCAGCAGCGGCGGUGGAGGCGCUGGCAGUGGCGGUGGUGGCAGCAGUGCGAGUGGCAGCAGCAUAUGGCCGUCGUUGGACUUUGGAGGCGUUUUCAGUGUGAAGUCUGGGUGCUAUGGUGACAGGCGGGGCGUAGGAAAGGGGCAUGGGAAAGAGGUAGUGAUAGACCACCACCCUGCAUCCAUUGCACUCAGUCUCCCUCUGUCUGGCUCUAUCACCAACACCAUGUGCAGUGGCAGCAGUACAGAGUCUGGUUGCCGUUGCCAAGAGACGGCUGACAUGCAUGGAGCAGCCAUUAUCAGUGCCAGCAUUAGGAAGGUUGGAACGGGAGAUGAGGAGGAGAGAGGGGUGCAUUUGGAACCGGAGCAGCAGGGCGGACAAAGGGAGCAGGGGGGGCAGCAGCAGCAGCAGCAGGGGCGGGAGCAGGAGCAGCUACGGUGCCUGGCUGUGUGUGCAGUUUGCAGCGACUCCGGGUGGGUGGAGCAAGAAGGGGAAAGGGGACACAGGGCGGCCCAAGGUGAUGGGGACGGGCGACACGAGGCGAUGGAGGAAAACAGGGACCGACCUGGCAGCUCUAUCGGUGGCAGUGGCAGCAGCGGUGCGAGGGAGGGAGUUGACGCUCAGUCUGACACAUCUCAGCUGGACUCACCUGCACUGCCGCAUCCCAUGGUGCAUGUGGUGCUGAUAUCCGUGCGUCCCAUCGUGCGCCGCUUCCAUGUGGCCAUCAACCACUCGCGUGUGGCCGCCUUCUCCCUCUGGCGCCCCACUUCUCCUCAGAACCAUGCACUGCUUCCGCUGGUGCCUACACGGCACCUCUCACUUCCAGCUAACUCCACCCCUCUCCACUACCUCACGUGGAAGGCCGGCUUGCCUUCGCAACAGUCGGGAAAGAGCUCUUUUGCGAAUCGUUUGAAGCUGCGUCCCACUGCCCUGCUUGUGCUCCACAUGCGGGACAGAGUUGCGGGAAAUUCACAAGGCCAGGGAUAUGAAAAUUCCAGGAAGCCACUGGUGACUGUGAGAGGAGACGUGAGCCUCGAUGAUGGGGAUGCUCACGAAGUGGAGAGCUCUGGUGGAGUUGAAUGGAGUUUGAAAAGGGUUGUCGAUUCCAUGCCUCCAUACGUGAGCAUACUCUCUCCUUCUGACAUAUCAUUUUGCACGUCGGCCAUGGCUGCUGGAAACUCGUUAGUGACUCCUGUGCUGGAGAAGUUUGCGAAGCUGAAGGACGAGGAAGGGGAGUAUCUCACCGUCAACUUCCUCGACAUUUGUCGUCUGAUCCUGCCCAUCGUAGAUAAAUUCGGGACCGCGAUGUCUAUCAUAAAGACCGACAUAAGUGGAAACAUCUCGCGGUUGCAAAAGGCCUAUGAUGGUGACAAGGAGAGCUACACCAGGUUGUACGAGCUGGUUCGAAAGGAGGUCGCCACAGGCAAGCCCUUGGACCCAAAUGGGAACACAAGUGGACUUUUCUGGCUCACACGGUAA